GCGCGCAUGCUCAGUGCAGCCAAAGUAGCGAAUCCGGAGCGACAGCUGUUUUGGUCGUUACACUGCCCGGGGCGAGCAUGCGGGCCCUGCUGCCGGCGCCCCUGCUCCUGCUCCUGGCCUCCCUCUGGCGGGGGGCGCCGGGGGCCAGUGAGCUGCGCUACCCGCCCGGCAAGAUAGCUGUUAUCGGAGCUGGUAUUGGGGGCACCUCAGCAGCCUAUUUUCUACGCCAGAAGUUUGGGAAAGAUGUACGGAUUGACGUGUUUGAGAAAGGAACGGUGGGGGGCCGUUUGGCUACUAUAAACGUGGAAGGUAAAGACUAUGAAGCAGGAGGGUCCAUCAUCCAUCCUCUUAACCUACAUAUGAAGCAUUUCGUCAAGGAGCUAGGACUUUCUGUUCCUGAGAACCGACAUGGCCUUCUGGGCAUUUACAAUGGAGAAGAAUUUGUGUUUGAGGAGAGUAGCUGGUACAUUAUCAAUAUUCUGAAACUUCUCUGGCAUUAUGGAUUCAAUCCUCUGCGAAUGAACAUGUGGGUGGAAGAUAUCUUGGACAAGUUUAUGAGAAUCUACCGCUAUCAGUCUCAUGACUACUCCUUCAGCAGCAUGGAGGGCUUGUUUCAUGCGCUUGGAGGGAAUGACUUUAUCCAAAUGCUGAAUCGGACCAUUGAUGAGACUUUGCAGAAGGCUGGCUUCUCCCAGAAGUUUAUCUAUGAGGUCGUUACUCCAAUCAUGAGAGUCAAUUAUGGCCAAGGUGUCAACAUUAAUGGGUUUGUAGGUGCGGUGUCUAUGGCAGGUGCUGACUCUGGACUUUGGUCAGUAAAAGGUGGCAACAAACUUGUCUGCACUGGCCUUCUUUAUGCUUCUAAAGCACAACUUAUCUCUGGCACGGUUAUCUCUAUAGAGGAGAGAACACGGCCCAAACGCACAGGAGGUACAGUUAAGCUGUAUGAAGUGAGCUACAACUCUGCAUCAGGGUCAGCUACAGACAUGUACGAUAUAGUUCUCAUUGCUACACCCCUGAAUCGUAAAAUGUCCAUCACCACCUUCCAGAACUUUAACCCGCCCCUUGCACAGUUCUCAGACCAUUACCAUCAGACUGUGGCAACUUUUGUUCAUGGGCGCAUAAACCCAUCCUUCUUCGGCUACAAGGACCCAUCCCGCUUUCAUUUAGCCAACAUUUUCACAACAGAAGAUCCCAAGCUAUUUAUCAACAGUAUAGGUGUUGUGUCUCCUGUCCAAAACACACACGAGGAAGUGAAGCAACCCAUGGGCCCUGCCAUUUGGAAAGUGUUCUCGAAAGAACCUCUCACCAAGGAGCAGAUGAAUUUACUUUUCUCAUCCUAUGACUCUGUGAAAGAGAAGAAGUGGCUGGCUUACCCGCACUACAGUCUCCCAAACAAAUGCCCACCUAUAAUCCUGCACGAUAGAAUAUACUACCUUAAUGGCAUAGAAUGGGCGGCAAGUGCCAUGGAAAUGAGCGCAGUUGCCGCCAAAAAUGCAGCCCUCCUUUCUUAUCAUCGCUGGUAUGGAAACGUGGACAUGAUUGACCAGGAGGAUUUACAUGAGAAACUCAAAACAGAGCUGUGAGUUUUACCCAGGUAUGAGCGACAAAUCCCCACGGCUGAUGAGUCUAGAUUGCCCAGUGACGGCCAGAGGAAAUUGAUCAUGGUAUUGAUCAAAUGCUACAUCUUUCUGGCCCCCCUUACUGUUAAAAAUGAAUAUAUGGCAAUAUUUUCCCCUCUAACCUGAUACAGUAGUCACAAGUGUUACCUAUCACAAUAAUGAAGAUGGAAAAAUUCCAGAGAGGUGUAGGAUUUUUAAAUUUCUCCUUCCCCUAUGUAUUCUGACCCCAGCUCAGGAAAGCACUUAAGCAUGUACUAAAGCCCAUCCCUAUUCAAGAUAAGCACUUAAGCAAGUAUUUAAAGUUAAGCAUGUGCUUAAGUGCAGUCCUGAAUAGGGAUAUGUUCCUGAAUCAGGACCUGUUUAUGUGUAAUCACCUAGGCCCCGAUCUUGUUGACAGGAAAGCAUGUGGUUAAAUAUUUGCAGGAAAAGGCCUUAGUGGCUCCUGUGGUGUGACAGAAACUCUUAAAUAUAGGAAAAAGGCAGGGGGAUAUGGAGCCAGGUGUAACAUAUAUAUUUAAUUUUAAAAAUUGAUAAAAUCAAAUUCUGAAACUAGCCUGUAAGAGCUGGUCCCAUGUUAUUGGCUCACUUCAUUUCCAACUGCUAACCUUUAAGUCCAGUACAAAUUAAUUCCAUGGUUUCCUAACAUAGUGUCAGCUUUCCAUUUUAAGCAAUUGCUUUUGUUGCCACAGGGGUCUUAUGCGAGUAGAAAGAGGCAAUGCCCUACCAUCUGAAAAGGUUUGGGAAGCCUUUUUACUAGAUUUGACUUUGCUUCUUUUAAGGAAAAUAAUUUUAAAUUGGUUUUAAAGAGGUUUUCUGUACCAGAAGACCAACACCUAGAAAAUCUCCACCAAGCAUUCUCAA